UACCGUAAAUAAAGAAAUUAUUUCUUUCAAUUUGGCGGGUUGUAGCUAAGAUUGACAGAGAACUGAAGAGAAUUAUGAGCCUAAAAAAGAAAACCGGGGGUCCUGAUGGAAAAUAUUACGAGUCUACUGAGACUAUAGGGAAAUUUGAGACUGUGAGGCUCUGGCUGUUGAAGAACCACAAAAAGUAUACUCAAGUGGAUCCUCCUAGCAACAAGUCCCUAGCUAUCCUCACCUGCUCCAUGUUGCAGUUUCAAGAGGACGCUUUUGGACGACAUGUGAAUAAACCAGCUCUUAUGAAACUACCUGUUAAAUUAUUUGAUGAUUUUACUACUGAUGGCACCUUAUGCAAUAUACUCGCCAUUGCUUAUAAAGUAAAGGUUGAACAAUCAUGGAGAAGAUUUGAUUUUUUAAUUCCCUCAAGAAUGGAUCGUGGCCUUGAGCUGUUCAUGACCAUUCAUCGUGACAUGGCCGCCAGCAAGAUAUGGGAACCUCCAAAGAUAUACAUACCCCCGACACUACCUGAUGCCCCUAGACUCAUGGAUCUCUGCAAGAGACACCAGGGGCUUGUUGUUAGCUCAGAGAAUGAAGCUACUCACAUCAUAAUGCCUGGAAAGAGACAGGAAUGGAGAGAGAAUGAUUUAUUUCGUCCUUUGGAGCAAAGAGGAAAGUCAAUGCUCAUCCAUUGGUACCAGUAUCCAGACAGUUACGACAGCAUAGUAUCACCGAGUGAGGUCGGCCUGAACUCAUUCCCUGGGAUACUUGAGCCUCCUAGUCUGAAGCAGUGGUACGUGAGCCACCAUUGGAUUGAGGACAGUGACAAGUUCAAUGAAUGGAUGAAUGAAGAAGACUAUGAGAUGAUUAUGACUAAUGAAGGUCAUUGGAUUGAAGCCCUCCCUACUAAUAAUUUAAUGAAACGAACCUUAUCUAUGGCUAUAGGAGGAGGAGGAGGAGUGGCUAACAUUCCUGAAGAAAGUGAUUCUAUGGAGAGCGUCAAACGUGAUAGAACCAAGAGGAAGAGGUCAGCUUCUCCAUCACCAGGGGACACCAUCAAGAAGAGAAAGAGAGGAACAGUUACCAGGAGAGUGAAGCCAAUUCAAGAUGAAGACGAGGAUCUAACUAAAGAUCUACCUGCCCCACCUCCUGUGCCACACGUUGAAGAAGCUCCACCCACUGUUAAUGAGACUGAAGGGAUGCCUCCUACUUUAUUACUAGAGCUACCACCGACAGUGCAAUCAUCAGCUAGUCCAUCUGUAGCUCCUCCUACUGACCCUCCCCCUCCUAAUACAGUCAAUAAUGAACCAAUGGAAACCGAACAGUCUCUUCCUCCUCUCUCUACCACGGCUACAGCUACUACUGAUACUUCAUCAUCAUCACAACCUCCUCUUACUUCAAACGGAGUGAUUGGAGAAGAGAUUAAAGGUGGGGGGAGAGAGGAACAAGAGAAAAGGAUACUCACUACUCAAGAGGAGGUGCCAGGGGAAGACUCGGCCGUCCGUCAAGUGAAUAAGAUUAUAAUCCCGAGCUACUCCUCUUGGUUUGAUUAUAAUAGCAUUCACGCUAUUGAGAAACGGUCCUUGCCUGAGUUCUUUAAUGGAAGAAAUAAAUCGAAAACACCAGAAACGUAUCUUGCUUAUCGUAACUUUAUGGUGGACAGUUUUCGUCUUAAUCCAACCGAAUAUCUCUCAACGACUGCCUGCAGGCGGAACCUAGCCGGUGAUGUUGGUUCUAUUCUUCGUAUCCAUGGCCUACUGGAGCAGUGGGGUAUUAUUAAUUACGGGGUGGAGCCUUCUCACAGUAUUGGUCCUCCUUCUACUGGUCACUUUAAUGUAAUGGUGGACACACCUGCUGGCAUUCAGCCAGUUAUAGCUAUCAAUAAACCAACCAAUAAGUCUGCUACUGAUCAAUUGCUCCAAAUGUCAGAUCAAACCACCGAUAAGGUUACUGAUGAUAUCACUGCCGGAAACUUUGGGUUGAAGAAUGACAUGUAUGCUAAUGAUAGUAAGACCAAGCCAUGGAGUGAUCAGGAGACAUUGCUCUUACUAGAGGGUCUGGAAUUAUUCAAAGACGACUGGAACAAGGUUGCGGGUCAUGUGACCACUCGCUCACAAGACGAGUGUAUUCUUCAUUUCCUUCGGCUCCCGAUUGAGGAUCCUUAUCUUGAGGAUACUCCAGGGGAGAAACUGGGUCCUCUUGCUUAUCAGCCGAUCCCGUUCAGUCAGCAAGGGAACCCUGUCAUGUCCACUGUUGCUUUUCUAGCGUCAGUUGUUGAUCCAAGGGUCGCCGCUGCAGCUGCUAAAUCAGCUUUGGCGGAAUUCUCUAAGAUUAAAGACGAAGCUCGUGUGGCUACUGAUGAAAAGAAAGUGGAAGAGAGUAAAGACUCAGCUGGAGGAGGAGGAGAGAGUGAAACAAAGCAAGAUGAAACAAAGCAGCAGCAAAAUGAAGAUCUUAAAAGCUCCAGCAGAUCACCAAAGCCUCCAGCACAAGAGAAUGAGGCAGCUAAGACUAAUGGAGAAAGUGGAGGAGAAGAGAAGCCAAGUACUACCAGCACCAGCACUAGUAGUACUGCUAAAUCUUUUGAGAGACCCCCAAGUGAGGGUAACACACAAACCGCUGCUGCUGCUGCUCUAGCUGGUGCUGCUGUAAAAGCAAGACACCUAGCAAGCAUAGAGGAGAGGAAGAUCAAGAGUUUGGUGGCUCUAUUGGUAGAGACACAGAUGAAGAAGCUAGAGAUUAAACUUAGACACUUUGAAGAGCUGGAGGCCAUCAUGGAUAGAGAGAGAGAAGCACUUGAGCUGCAGAGACAGCAGUUGCUGGGUGAGAGGCAACAAUUCCAGAGAGACCAAUUGAAGGCAGCAGAGAUGAGAGCACUACAGUCUCCUACCCUUCAGCCUCAGACACCUCUUCUGUUCCCCCCUCCAAAGAUAACAGCUACCGCUCUCUCAUCUUUCCCUCCUCCUGGAACUAUGGGAGCUCCUGCAUUCCCUCAACCAUCAGUCACACAGCAUCAUAAACCAGCUCCAGAUCCUCUUCCCAUGAUCCCAGCUCCCUCCACCUCAACUGAUGCAAAGCAAGACAGCAAUACCAGUACUAAUGAGCCUCUUACAAAUCAGCCUCUUACUAAUGAGCCUAUUACUAAUGAGCCUAUUACUAAAGAGCCAAUUACUAAUGAGCCUAUUACUAAUGAGCCUGCUUCUCAAGACCCUAUUUCUCAAGAACCCACUUCCCAAGAACCCACUUCUCAAGGACCCACUUCUCAAGAUACUACUUCUCAAGAGCCUGAAGCUUUCUCUUUGCAGCCAGCCAAAGAUGACACUGUAGCUGUUGUCCCUGAAGCAACACAGGAGGUAGUCAAAGAGGAAGAGAGAGUUCAGGAGGUCCCUGAUAAGCAGCCAGAACCUGCUGGAAGCAUAUCGGCUGAAGAUAAAGAACAGAUAAGUAACAUCAAUGACAUUCCUGAUGUUAUUGCCCCUCCUGAUGAUAUGGCAAUGGAUACAACACCAAUAGGAGAAGUAAAGAGCACUGAUGCACAUCUCGAUGAGCCUCCAGUUGAUUUACAACCAGCAGAACCUAUAGAAGAUGACGUAAAGAAUACAUUACCGCCAGUAGAAGGAACCAUCAACAAUGAAGAACCAAUUGCUGAGUCUUCCUCAGUCACUGAUUUGGGAUCAUCUGCUAUAAGUGAUGGAGUCACUCCACAGCCAUCAACCAGUGAUACUACUACUACUGGUAAUGAGACUAGUACUACUGGUAAUGAGACUAGCACUACUGGUAAUGAGGCUAGUGAAGGAACAGCUACUGCUGAAGGGAUGGCUCAAGAAGAAGCUACUGCUGAAAGUGCUGGAGGAGGAGAAGCAAGUGCUGUUAAUGAGGGGAAAGAGGAGCCUCAGGCUGAGGAAGCAAUGGAGUGCGAGACUGGAGGAGAAAAUAAGGAAGCAUCACCACAGGCGGAACAAUAGCUUUAUUUUAGUAUUUUGGAACUUAAUUCUGUUGUUCAUUCAUGAUUCACAUACAAAGUCAAAUUUAGUGUCAUUGUUAUCUUGUUUGUGGGAUGUGUAGCUUUGUGAUAGCCGGAUGGUUGCAGAGAUUAACUGCAAACUUUAGUGUCUUUAAGACAAUUAAGAAAAAAGGAUUUAAACAAAAA